AUGAAUAUUAAUCUAACAGUAUUGAAGGAUAAGGCGUACGACGUUGAUCCAGAUUUAAGAUUUAUGGCAUUGGAUGAUUUCCAGAAGUAUUUAAAUGACGAUAAAGUUACCAAAAAUUUGAGGCAUAUUGAAGGUUUUAUACCAAUUCUAUUUAAGUUAUUAUCAGACGAUGCUAGUGAAGUUCAGAAUCAAGCAAUUAAAUCUUUUGUUCCGAUGAUGCCAUACAUAAAUAAUGAAGAGCUUUUGAAGAUUAUCGAAAGAUUGUAUGAAGAAGUUCAUAAGAUUAAUUUGAAAGAGAAUAAUAAAAGUGAUAAGAAAUUUACAACAUCCAUACCAAAUAUGGUUUUGAGACUAAUAUUUAAUAACUCAAACUAUAAGUUCAGCGAACAGCUUUCAAGAAAAGUGAUUGACUUAUUAGUACCAAAGAUAUUCAGCAAUACAAUCGACAUUGAUUCUAUCGAAAUACUAAUUGACUUGUUCAAAAACUUGGGUGAUUAUUUGAAAGAUGAUGAGAUCUUAGAUUUAUCAAUUAAUUUGAUUAAUUUGACUUUCAGUACUAGUGGGAUUAGUAGUAAGAGGUCUAUUAUUGCAUUUGAUUACUUAUUAAAUCAAUUAAAUCGAAUCGAGAAUGAUUAUUUACAAUCCGAGUACCUCGAUAAGAUAGUUGAUGAAAUUAAUUUUAAUUUCAAUAAAACUGAUCAAUCAAAUAAUGACAUUACUCAGAGGUUUAUUAUUUUUCAAAUUUUCUUGAAUAACUUGAAGAAAAAUAAGGCAAAGAAUUUAUCAAUUAUAAAAUUUAAUGAAAUUUACGAAAUCUUGAUUUACUAUUUAAAAUUGGAUGAUAUUAAUAAGUUUGAAAAUGAUAUUGAAGAUAUAGAUUUGGAUUUGAUCAAUUCUACUAAUUCAAUUAGAGAAGAUUCUUUGAUCACAUUGAAUGAUUUAGUGAACUCAAUUAAUUUUGAUUUAUUAAAUUCGAAACUCGAUUCAAUUUUAUCAAUAAUUAAAAUUAUCAUUAAUUAUGAUCCUUUCAAGAAUGAUGAUGAAGAUUUUGAAGAUUUUGAUGAAGAUAUUGAAUUCAGUGAUGACGAUGAUGAAAUCAAUUAUAAUAAUUCGAAUGAUGAAAAUGAUGGGAAUUCAUCAAAGUUAAGAAUUCAAUCAAUUCAAUUGAUUAAAAAUUUCGUUGUAAAUUAUCCUCAAGAAACGUUAUCAAUUGUAUAUAAUGAAUUGAUUGAAGUAUUAAUUAAUCUGUUGAACGACAAAUCAAUUGAAGUAUCAAAUGAGUCAAUUAAGACUAUUAUUAUUAUCAUUAAUUCAACUACUAAACCAACUAAAAGACAAAGAAGUGGAUCCGAUGUUAGUAUGACUACUAACGAAAGUCCAAUUUAUCAAUUGGUUUAUAAAUGGACACCAAUUUUACAAGAUAAUAUUUUGAAUAAAUUAAUGAUUUAUGAUAAUUUAGCAAGGUUCCCAAUUUUUAUUCAAUUAUUAGAAAGCUUGAUUGGGAAUACUGGAGAGAAUUUGAAUCAAGAAUUCUUCAAUAAGGUUUAUUUGAAAUUAAUAGAAUUUAAAAUUACAAGUAAUACUAAUAAUGAAAUUCUAAAUUUAUAUAAAAUUCUAUUGAAAAACAUUGAAAUUAAUUUAAUUCCAAUUGAAUUCAUUGAAAAAAUUUUGAAAGAUUUAUCAAUUUCAAUCAAUGAUCAAUCCACUUAUCACAAUUUCAUAAUAGAAGGAUUAAAUCUUGUUAUUUUAAUUACUGACAAAAUUAAUAAUGAACAAAUCAGUCAAUUAACAUUAUUAAUAAAUGAUGAAAUAAUUCCAUCUAUAAUGAAUAAAGUUCAUGAUAAGCAAUAUUCAAGUGAUUUAAGACAAAAAUCGAUCAGUUCAUUGAGUAAAAUUAUCUCAAAGAUUGAAUUAAAUCCUAAUAAUAAAGAUAAGAUGAUUGAAAUCUUCAAAGAAAGUUUAAAUUAUGAAAUCACUGUUAAUUAUACGAUCGAAAAUUUGAUUAAGAUCAAUAACAUUGAUAAUUUCUUCGAUCAGGACUUUAUUGAUUAUAUUAUCACUAAAUUAAUCAAUUUUAUCAAUUCUAGUGAUUCCUCAUUAUACCUUAACUCAUUAAUUUUAUUUGAUUUAUUGAUAUGUAAGAGCAAUGUUCAAAUUGAUGAAAGAAUUGUUGAAAAUUUAAUCAACAUAAUCGAAAAUCUGAAUGAUUUUAAAAUUAUUAACUUAUCAAUUAGUAUAUUAUCAAAUUUGGAAAUACAACCAAUUUUCUACGGGAAAUUUUUCCAAAAAAUCAAUAAAUUUGAUGAUUUUGAAGAGAUUAACUUAAGAAACUUCGAAAGAUUGAUAAAAAAUUUGACUAAAGAUUCUAAGAUCUAUGAAAUUGCCAUUGAAAACUUAAAUAUCAGGAACUUUAUCAGUGCUAAGAUUAUCAGUAUAAUAAUUAUUGAAUUAGGAAUGACAUCAAUCGUGAAUCAAGUUUGUGAAAAUAUUCAACAAUAUUUGAAGGAGAAAACAUAUAAAGAACGAGAAGAACUAAUUUUUAAUAUUCAAUUGAUUGGGUAUAUUAGUAAUCAUAUUAAUAUUAAUAUUGAAUUAGAAGAUUUAUAUGAAAUAUUACAAGAAUCUAGCAAUGAUGAAUUAAUUCAAUUAGCAACAUCAAGAUCUAUUGGGAUAUAUAUAUUAAAAGAUUUAACGAAAUAUUUACCUAAUUUAUUAGAGAAAUAUUCUGAAAUUACUAAUAGCAGUACUAACAAUAAGUUAUUAUUAAUUUCAUUAAAACAAGUCUUAAAGAUUGAAAUAAACUUUGAAAAUCAAAUGAUGUUAUGGGAUAAUUUAAUUAAGAUAAUCGAUGGGAAACAAGAAAGUGACACCGAAAUUGAUUAUAAUGAAUUGAAAUUAUUAGGAGAUAUAUUGAGUCAAAUUAUUUAUCAAAAUGAUAAUUUUUAUAAUAAAUUUUUGAAUAAAUUAGAGCCGGAGGAAGAAGUUAAUCAAUAUGAAUUAUACAUCAAUAUUGUUAUUAUUAAACAAUUAGUUGGAUUUAAUUAUCCAAUUAAAGAAGAUUUAAUCAUUAAAUCAUUAAUUAAUUACAAUAGAAUUGAAAAAAUUGAAAUUAAACAAGCCAUAAUAAGUACUUUGUUAACUGGUAUACAUAAUAAGAUUGAUAUUUUCAUUGAACAUGUUAAUAAUGAUAUUUUACCAAUGAUUUUUGAAGAAUUAGAUGCAAAAGAUUAUUUCAAAAAGACAAUUCCAAUGGGUCCAUAUAAAUAUAUCAUCGAUGAAGGAUUAGAAAUCCGGAAAUUAAGUUAUGAAUUAUUAAAUACCAUUAUUAAUUUAAAUUUAAGUAUUGAUAUUGGUAAAAUAUUUGAUAAUAUUGUUAAUAAAGGAUUAAAUGAUUUGGAAAAUGAUAUCAUUAUCUUAUCAAGUCUCAAUUUAAUUAAUUUAAUUAAUAAAUUUACAAUUACUACAUUUGAUUUAACUGAAUUAAUUGAAAAAUUAACCAAACAAAUUAAUAAAAAAAUUAGGGCAAAGGCAAGUACUCAAGAAUUAGAAAGUUACGAAGAAAGUAUUAAAUCAAUAAUUAAAUUACUGAAGGUGUUAAAUAAUAAAAUCUCAAAUAAUUUAACCUGGGUUAAUUAUUAUAACGAUAUGAAAACAAAACACUAUACUUUAUAUAAUUCGGUCUAA